AUGGGGCCUCUUCUGCUACGUGGAGACCCCCAGAGGAGUCGGAUGGGUGACCGUCAAGCGGACUUGUGGACAGCAACUACCCCGGUGGGAGCAGACCAACUUUUGUCCAGUGGUGCUCCCAGGGAUCAAGGCGGCAGCCCUCGACGCGCCGAAGAUCACCUUGGGGUCGUGGACACCUCCUGCAGCACAGCAUCCGGACCUGGUGUGCACUGGACGGUAGUUGCUGUGGACCCACUGGAUGGGACAGUGAUAGACUCGGGACCAACAAGUAAGUACAUUGCCAUCGGGGACACCAAACACACACCCCCAGAGAUUGAGAUUUCUCCAAUCACCUUCCCGGGUGGUCCGGAGAACCUCAUUCUCUUGGCGCGCUGCACUCACCCACCAUUAUUUUUAGCGAAGGGGCAAAUAGUCGCCCAGUUUAUCCCCAUUCCAGAGGGAAUCCCAGUGGACAACCAUGCACUGGGUGUCUGCUGGGCUGAAGUGGUGGGUGAAAACAAACCGAUAAUUGAUUGCAGCAUCAAGCAGGGUGCAGAGUCUCUAAACAUGAAAGGACUGCUUGACACGGGAGCGGAUGUGACGAUCAUCCCUGAAAGGAGGUGGCCGUCACAUUGGGAGUUGCAACCCGUGGCAGGCAAGAUUCAGGAGGCGGCCACUGUGGAGCUCCCUUUCCAGAAACUAGAUUGCACAACUGAUACAGUGGUCUGGAUUGAUCAGUGGCCACUAAGAAAAGAUAAAUUAAAGGCACUCAACAAACUCAUGGAGGAGCAACUUGUUAAGGGAAAUAUAGUGGAAACCACAAGCCCUUGGAAUUCCCAGGUCUUUGUUACCCGUAAGCCAGGGAAGGAUAAGUGGUGGCUGCUUCACGACCUUCAUGAAAUUAACAAGGUCAUUGUAGGCAUGGGACCUCUUCAACCCGGGAUGCCUACCCCAACCAUGCUCCCACGAAAUUGGAAAUUGGCUGUUGUCGAUAUCAAAGAUUGUUUCUUUCAAAUUCCCCUACAUCCUGAUGAUGCCCCACGGUUUGCCUUCUCGGUGCCCACCCUUAACCGAGAAGCCCCAAUGAGGAGAUUCCACUGACGAGUGUUGCCACAGGGCAUGAAGAACUCGCCCACCAUUUGCCAGUGGUAUGUCUCCUCAUUGCUGUCUCCCGUCCGCGCCAAAGUGGGGGAGGUCAUCAUCCACCACUACAUGGAUGAUGUCCUGGUGUGUGCCCCCCAUGACAAUCUACUGAAACGUGCGCUUGACCUGGUGGUUGAAGUUCUGACCUCUGCAGGAUUUCAACUCCAAGAUGAGAAAGUUCAAAGGAUGCCACCCUGGAAGUAUCUGGGCCUGCAGAUCGCUGAGAGGACCAUUGCUCCUCAGAAAUUGGCCAUCAACAGCGAUCCGAAAACUCUGGCAGACCUCCAUUCCCUGUGUGGGACUUUGAACUGGGUCAGGCCUUGGCUGGGCCUCACUACUGAAGACCUAGCCCCCCUCUUAAUAGUAUUGAAGGGGGAGGAGGAGCUGAGUUCUCCCAGGUCUCUGACCCCAGAGGCGUGGGAAGCUCUGGAGAAAGUGCAAGACGCCUUGGUGGAGAGGCAGGCACAUAGAUAUGAGCCUAGUCUACCAUUUGAAUUCAUUGUUCUGGGAAAGUUGCCACACCUGUGUGGGCUAAUUUAUCAGUGGGACCAGGGCUCAAGGGACCCACUCUUAAUUAUAGAGCAGGUUUUCCUAAGCCAUCAAAGGUCCAAAAGUAUCACAAGGCUGCAAGAGCUGAUGGCGCAGCUCAUCAGAAAAGCUAGAGCAAGUCUUCGGGAGAUGGCUGCGUGUGAUUUUGCGUGCGUACGGGUGCCGGUCAGCUUGUCUUGGGACAAAGCGUCCCCAGAUAAGCUGACCAAGGAAACGUUCAAUCAAUUGCUGCAGGAGAAUGAGACUCUCCAAAUUGCCUUAGACAGCUACAGUAGACAAGUUUCAGUCCAUGCCCCUGCUCAUAAGUUUUUCAACUCAAAAUUUAAUGUGAUACCAAAAGAAAUUGGGAGCAGAAAACCCCUCAAGGCUGUGACAGUUUUCACAGACACAUCUGGAGCAUCCCACAAGUCAGUAAUGACUUGGAUGGAUCCUCAGACUCAGCAGUGGGAAACAGAUGUUAAGUAUGUGGAGGGAUCUCCGCAAGUUGCUGAGUUGGAUGCUGUCGUCAGAGCCUUUGAGAGGUUCCCUGAACCAUUCAAUCUGGUGACCGAUUUGGCCUAUGUUGCAGCGGUAGUAGCAAGAACAGAAAGUGCGGGUCUGAAGGAAGUCUCAAAUCCUCAGCUGUUUGAGCUGCUUUCAAAGUUAAUCCAUGCCGUUUGUCACUGA